AUUUCAGCUAUCAACGACCCAGACGACGCAUUCACCGUGCUGAAUUCGUGUUUGGAGAAAAGUUACUACUAUAGGUUGGGUUCCAGCUGGCUUGGCAACGGAUUGCUUACUUCUAAUGUGCCGACAUGGAAACGUCACCGAAAGCUGAUGAACCCGACCUUCAGCCAGCAUGUGCUGGAUGGUUUCCUGGACGUCUUCAACCGACAGGCGGCGCUUCUAGCGCAGGACAUGGAGCCGAAGGCCGGGAAAGGAGAAUUCAUUCCUAUGGAGUAUAUUACAGAGAGGACCCUAGAGGCUGUUUGUCAAACCGUUAUCGGCAUAUCCUUGGACGACCGGUCAGUUAUCAACAAAGAGUACAAGAGAGCGACUGAAGACGGCCAAUACGUUAUCGCUGAGCGGCUGGCCAGCUUUUGGCUCCACCCCGAAAUCUGCUACCGGUUCUCUGGACUUCGAAAAAUCAUGGACAAAGCUAUGGUUCGCGUCCAUAACAUGUCCAGAACGAUGCUAAACAAGCGAAGAUCUGAAAGACUGCAGGCUAGGCAUGCCAAUACAUCAUCAAGCCGUUUCAUCGCGUUCCUGGAUCUUCUGCUAGACCUGACAGAAGACGGGUCGUUCACCGACGAUCAGAUUCAGGAGCAGCUGGACACGCUCAUCGCAGCAGGAUACGACACCUCGUCACGAGCGCUGCUGUCCACUCUGGUGCUCGUCGGCACAUAUCAGGAGGUGCAAGAGAAAAUGUACCAGGAGAUAAUUUCAGUCUUUGGCUCCAGCGUAGAUUUGGGCAAAGAAGACAUGCCGAGACUGGUGUACACGGAGGCGGUCAUCAAGGAGGUGCUCCGGCUUAGCCCGGUCGUUCCAUUUAUCGGUCGGGAGGUCGACAAGGAAGUAAAACUAAAAAAUUAUACCAUCCCAGCUGGCAGCCAGUGCGGCGUGACGUUCUGGGGUAUCCAUCGGCUGCCGAUCUGGGGUCCAGAUCGCCUCGAAUUCAGGCCGGAGCGGUGGUUGGACCCCUCCACCGUGCCGCAGAGUCCUGGCGCCUUCUGCGGAUUUAGCCUUGGCAGGAGGAACUGCAUAGGAAAGACCUACGCACUGAUGUCAGUGAAAACCGCAUUGGCGCACCUGAUACGAAAGUAUCGGGUCACGGCUGACUACAGCAAAGUGAAGCUCAAGUUCGCCUUGCUACUCGAAUACGCGGCGGGGCACGAGAUAUCUUUGGAAUUAAGACAGUAA